AUGGAACAGAUAACGCUGAAUGUUGGCGGUGUAAAGUUUGAAACAUACAGAUCCACAUUAACAGCAUAUCCCAAAACGCUCCUUGGCCAAAUGUUUCAGCACAUGAUCAUAACGCCGACGGACAAUGAAUACUUUUUUGACCGAGAUGGUCACAUCUUCCGAUACAUAAUGCAAUUCUAUCGAACGGGCAAAGUAUUCUGGCCGGACGAGAAUAUGAAAGAUUCCAUGUGCGCUCCGUUCAUAUCUCAUGAAGAGCUGCAGAUCGAGUACGACUAUUUUGUAAUUCCGACCGGAAAGCCGUGGAAGCAGCCGUCGACGACUCAACAGAGGAUGGCAACGCUGAUCGAUUCGUUCAUCGACGCUUUCAUUGGUGCGUUCUAUGAAGCGAUCGCUCACUACGAUCUAGUGGUAUGCUUGUGGUUUCUGUAUGGCGAGGAUGUCGAGAUCGAUCAGCAGGCUUUGUGGGCUGACAAAAUGACUGAAUUGUUCAGGCCGUUUAAGCAUACCGCAUAUCUGAUUUUGAAGGAAUAUGGAAAUGAAAUCGGAGAAUAUUUGCAGCAGCAUAUACAAGA